UUUAGCCUACUUGCUGUAGCCGUCGACCGGUACUUGGCAGUUAAAAUUCCGCUCAGAGCCGUGCAGUGUCAGUGAAGUCAGGGCUGGAAAACUCAGCUGGCUGGGGAGUGAGACGUCUUGCUUUUCAGGGAAGGCUGUGUUUGGGAUUGGUGUGAUUUGAUGUAGUGAUGGAGGGAUGGGGGAAUGGGAGGAGGGGAUUGUUUGUAUUCAUGAAUGGGGGUGUCUGUCAAAUUUAGGCAGUCAAUUGACAGUCUGAAACCCUGGGAGAGAGCUCGCAACCCUGAUGAAACUUUCCUGUGUAUUUAAGUUUGAAAUUUAUUUACAAUUUCUGCCAAUUGGAUUCAGUUGAAGCUCUGGUGUAGCCACUAUAAUUUUGGACUUUUGGGCUCUUAGGCUAAGCCUUUAACCCCACAUUGCUCCCUGGGUGUCGCACUGUGGCUGUACCUGCACUGUAACUAGGAUGGACCGUGUGCAGAGGGCAAAUCACCCCAUGGGGUUCAAUAAAGCAUAUAUUCUUCUUCUAUCCAUAUCACACAGAAGAACAGGGAGGUGGCAGAGCAAUAAAUUGUUUUGUAUGAACAAUAUUUCUCAGGCAACUCGCCAAACUUUAUGUGUAUAAUGUGUAAAUAACACAUUUCACGCAAGGAGUGAUUUCAAAAAUUUAGUCUGUGUGUGAGGAGCAACUGUAUUACAAGUAGAAGGCAGUUAAUUAACCUACACCUCUGUUAGUUCACGGUUAUGUGUGCGGGAGUGUGCGGACCAGGAUUAAAGUAAAAAAUAGCCCGCUCCCUCACGAUAAAUCUCGGGGAAUGUCUAACUCACAGGGCUUGGGCCAAAAAAAAAAGAACAUUGCUUCAAUUCUUUCCGAAAUGGUGGUUCCAGGUAUAAGGAGGUGAUGACAGGCCGGCGGGCGCGGGAGAUAAUCGCCCUGCUGUGGGUCCUGUCCUUCAUCAUCGGCCUCAUCCCCUUCCUGGGGUGGAACAAGAAGGACUCGGCGUGCCGCGGCGCCAACAACCGCAGCGCCCCGGGCAACGGCAGCGGGCCCAGCUGCCGGCUGACGUGCUACUUCGAGAGCGUGGUGGACAUGCGCUACAUGGUCUACUGCAACUUCCUGGGCUGCGUGCUGCCGCCGCUGCUGCUGAUGCUGGCCGUCUACGCGCAGAUCUUCAGCGUGGCGCGCCGGCAGCUGCGGCUGAUCGGGGGGGGCGACGCCGGGGGCUCGCAGAGCCUGCUGCAGCACGAGGUCCGCGCCGCCAAGUCGCUCUCCAUCAUCGUGGGGCUGUUCGCCCUCUGCUGGCUGCCCGUGCACGUGCUCAACCUGCUGACGCACUUCCGCGGCGACCUGCGCAAGCCGCCCGCCGUCAUGUACCUGGCCAUCGUGCUGUCGCACGCCAACUCGGCCGUCAACCCCGCCAUCUACGCCUACCGCAUCCAGGAGUUCAGGAGGACCUUCCGUAGGAUCGUCUUCCGGAAGGUUCUGUGCAGGAGGGACGAGCCCUACGCGGGUUCCGGCAGCAGCGUGCGCAGCCGGGACCUCACCACCUUCUCGGCAACCUUUGAUUGAAUGGACCUGAUGUACGAUCUGUAGUCCUGGCUGGUGUGCAUGUGCCAUUGACUGUCAUUCACAAAGAGGCUGGCCUUGUGUAUACAGUUUUAUUCUUAAAUGCACUGAUGUUUAUAUGGGCACGUUAAGUAGAUGUAAUGUAUUUGAUAAUGCAGAUGUGAUAUUAUAGCAGUUUUUUAUUUUUAUUUUUUUUAACUGAAGCAGUGCUGUGAAAUUUCAGCCUCAUUUCUGAUAGGAUAAUCAUAGCUUGAUAGACAUACCAGCUUUUGGAGGAAUGUGAAAUCCUGACCAUACCAGUGCCAUUUGGGGCCAGUAGUCCAAUGAGGCUAUAGGCCAUAGCCACACCCAGCAAAAGGGUCCCAGUUGGCAGGGGCUUCUUAUCCUUAACAUGGAGUGGAUCAGCCUGUCUGUAAGUGACUAACUUCGUCAAAUUAGAUGCUGUUGCAUGGUGAUGAGCCUGGGUAUAUGAAUAAAAUGGAGAAUUCCAAAUUGUCCUAAAUUCAACAAGAGGUAAAAGUGAAGACUUGUUUUAGUGUCACAACUGAAAAGAUUUUCAUGUCAUGGAAAUGGGUAAAAAUUGUGAACUUAAACUGUGGACAAGUGCUGUUGCACUAAACUAGACAUAGGAUCGAGUAUAGGAAAUAUUGAUGUUGGAAAUGGCAGCUAUAUCUGUAUGUCUUCAGUUAAAAUAUGCAUACCUUACAUUGUGUGACCUGUGACCUUACCUCAGGCAUAUUUAGACUUACAGAACCCCAAAGAACAACCACCUUAUCAAAGGGGUAGGGUCACAAUAGUGUAGUAGACUAUCCAUGGACAGUCUUUCAGCCUUAAUCUAGAUUUAAGAUAAUUUUCUUAAAUUGUACAAUUCAUAUAAGUAUUAUCAGGACCUUUUCUAUUAUUAACAUGAACGUCUAUUGACUAAUUAAGCAAGGGACGACUCAAAAGAGGGCAUAUAAAACUUCAGUAAUUAAAGUUUGCCUGUAUUGUGCCAGAACAUCAGAAAUGCCUGUUUAAUGAAGGAUUAAGAGAAGACACAAUGACACUAUUGUUGCCACAUCUGCCCGAACAGAGAUGCAGUGUCCCAUUGACUGUAAAGCUCUUGACUGUAUGAUGACUGUAAAACGCAUACUGCAUGUCCUGUAAUUGCUAUAUAAAUGAAACAAUUUCAUGGGCGAACAAAAACUACUUCAGCUGAAGAGCCUUUGUCCUGUUCGGUUAUGGUAUGUUGUGCAUUUUCUUAAAUCCUUGUUCGCUGUAUAGAUAGUAGAUGGCUCAAUUCUCAGGAAAGCACAAUAACUGAAAAAGAGUAGUUUGUGUUUUAUGUAUGUAUGGUUUAUUUCCACAACCAUACUUGUUAAUUUGAACUAUAGUUUUAGCGGUGAAGUUGCAUAAGUCCUGGUUUUAAAAAAAAGAAGUCUAAUCAAGAAUUAGCAGAAAGAUUA